ACGUCACCCGUAGUUUCCGGAAACAUGCAAUCAUGGCAGCCUCUACUAGCAACAGUAAAGGAGCCGAACUUUCGAAGGCCGAGUACCUCAAACGGUAUUUGUCAACAGACGACAACUCCAGUAAAUCGAAAGGGAAGAUAAAAAAGAAACGACGUAAGGUCCCCGAGAGAGGACUUAAAAUAGUGGACGAUGACAUAGACUGGAGACAAACUGUGAAGGAGCAGACGGAGGUGGAAGAAGAUGAAGAGGAGGCUCCAGUGAUCGCUGAGUUUGUUGAUGAGCGACCAGAGGAGGUAAAGCAACUGGAGGCUUUUAGGACCAGCAACAGAUGGAAGGUGGUUGGAGCUGAUGAGGAACAAGAGGAGGAGAAGGAAAGGGAACAAACAGACCUCGCUGCAUCAAGCAAAAUACGCUCCAACUCUUCAGAGCGCUCGCUAAAGGGAAGGAAAGGAGGUUCUCCUGUCGCAAAAAAGAGACACGACUCUCCAGAUGCGUCUCCUCCCAGGAAAGGACGCCACGACUCUCCGGAUAUAUCUCCUCCUAGAAGAAUUCGCCAUGACUCUUCAGACAUAUCUCCUCCCAGGAGAAAUCGCCACGAUUCUCCAGACUUGUCACCUCCAAGACAACAUUCAGCGAAGCCAAGAAAGAUGCACAGUAAAGAUUCAUCUCCCAGCAGAAGCAAACACAGCUCAAGUAAGCGAUCACCGAAAAGAGCUCAGAACCGGCAUGAUUCGGACUUGGACCUGUCACCUCCGCGAAAAAAGCCCGUGAAGCGAGAAGCGUCAGACUCUGAUCAAUCUCCUCCGAGGAGACGUCCGAAAGUAAGACAGGACUCUGAUUCUGACCAGUCUCCACCCCGACGGCCGCCGCAAAGAGGAAGAGAUUCGGACGGCGACUUGUCGCCGCCUCGUAGAAGUGGGACCUCACAAGGCCCAAGGAUGCUUUCUGGGGGGAAAGCAGGUCUGGUUUCUAUUGAUAUAUUAAGGAAAGAACAAGAGGAAAACCGACGACGGGACAAAAACAAUCAGCCACUAGAAGAUGAAUCCAGGAAUGCCCAGACGGUUUUCCGAGACAAAAGCGGUAAAAAGAGGGAUUUGGAUUCAGAAAGGGAAGAACAGAAGAGAAAAGCUGGAGAAAAGGCUGCAAAAGAUGAGAAAUAUGCGCAGUGGGGGAAAGGGUUGGCCCAGGGACAGAUGCAACAGCAGAAACUCGAGGAUGCCCUGCAUGAAGCCCAGAAGCCGCUGGCGCGUCACCGUGACGACGAGGAUCUUGACCGCAUGUUGAGAGAGCAGGAAAGGGAAGGAGAUCCAAUGGCCGCGAUGCUGAGGCGCAAAAAGGAGCGCAACCCAAACGCACAAGUGAAACCUCGCUACCAAGGGCCUCUACCGCCUCCGAAUCGGUUUAACCUUCAGCCAGGUUAUCGGUGGGAUGGAGUCGACAGGUCCAAUGGUUUUGAACAGAAGCGGUACACACGGAUAGCGGAUAAAAAGGCCGUCCAGGAGGCAGCUUACAAGUGGAGCGUGGAGGACAUGUAAAUGUAAAUGAGGAGCAGAUAAAAUGACUGUAACUUCAACAAAUGUUUCAAAUGGGCUGAAAAAGUUUUUUGUUCUGUGUAAUCCAGUUUGGGAAGCACGAUAGUGUAAAUAGCAGUAAUGUACCACCACCUUUAAUGAUUUUGUUAUAAUUUAGCCAAAGUAAAGAAACCUAGUUUUCCCGGUUUUAUCAUUAAAUAAUGUUUUUGUAAA